AUGGCAACAACAGCAGCUGACAUCCAAACAACUCCCACCGUAAUGACAGCAACGGCUACAAUGAGGCCCAGGCUCAUCGCAAGGCCCUUCGACGCGGACAAACCCGCGCUAUGGUUCGCGCAGCUGGAGACACAGUUCGCUGACCUGGGAUACGUCACCGAGUCAGAUAAGUACAACAAAACGGUACCGCUGAUCGACACUGCUUACGCGGCAGAAGUUGAACAUUUAAUUGUCUCCAGACCUGUAACAAAUCCAUACCAAACAUUAAAAAACGAACUAAUCAGAUGUUUCACAAAAUCCAGAACUGCGAACAUCAUCCAAUUGCUCCACAGGGAGAGCAUUGGGGAUCGAACUCUGGGCGUCGAAGCACCUGAGACAUUUAAAAAGACUGCGAACAUCAUCCAAUUGCUCGACAGGGAGAGCAUUGGGGAUCGAACUCCGUCGAAGCACCUGAGACAUUUAAAAAGUCUUGUUCCAGGCAUUGACGACGAGGUCCUGAAAACGCGCUGGUUGUCUCAUCUCCCCGAGCAAACGCGAGCUACACUCGCUACCCAGGAGAACGCUUCCAUUGAUGAUCUCGCGAAGCUAGCAGACAGGGUGCACGAAGUAUUUCACCCAAACAGCGUCGCAGCGAUCACCACAUCAGCAGGCAACGCGACCAACGCAGCACUCCUCAAGCGAAUCGAACAGCUGACGGCAACUGUCGCAGAGUUACGAUUGAAAGACUCACGCUCGCGCUCACGCACACGUUUAGAGUACUCACGUGGGCAGCGUAACAACUCACGCCGACGCUCCAGCUCCAGGAAAGUAUUAAAGAAAUUCGACACCUGCUGGUAUCAUCACAGAUACGGCGAAAAUCCGCGUAACUGCCAACCUGUUUGCUCAGACGUCUCUGUCACGCCUUGCAGGCCGCCAGCAAAACAGAAAGACACCAGCGGCUAUCAACUCCUCGCAGCCAAUGGAGNAGACUUCACAUGGCGAUUCAUCGAAGCAGACGUCAGUAAACCCAUCAUCGGUGCUCACUUCCUGCAUCACUUCAAUCUGCUACCGGACUUGAGAAACGGAGCAAUCAUCGACAGCGCGACAGGCCUCCGAUCGCAUGGCCAGUCCGUGCGAUUCCGCGCGACGUCUGUCAAGCUCCUCGAGAUCAACGAGGAUUCACCGUACGCGUUGAUCCUCAAAGAGUUCCCAGCAAUAACAAAACCGGGAGGAUUGCUCAGAAAAGCGGAGCACUCCACCGUUCAUCACAUACGGAUAACACCAGGACCACCAAUCUCCUGCAGAGCUCGCCGCCUAGCGCCGGAUAAACUCAAAACCGCUCAAGCGGAGUUCUCCAGCAUGUUGACGCUCGGAACCGCGAGGAGAUCUGAAAGUCCCUGGGCAUCCGCACUCUACCUAGCUCCUAAGGGCAACAACGGAUGGAGGCCAUGCGGUGAUUACCGCGCACUCAACGACAGGACAAUACCAGAUAAGUAUCCUGUUCAUUAUCUAGAAGACUUUGCUGCCAACCUUCAUGGCAAAACAAUCUUUUCCACCAUAGAUUUGGUUAAAGCCUUCAACCAAAUUCCAGUGGCACGCGAAGACAUCCAGAAAACGGCAAUAAUCACGCCAUUUGGACUCUUCGAUUUCCCAUACAUGACAUUUGGCCUCAGAAACGCAGCUCAGAUAUUCCAACGUCUGAUCGACGAGGUCACACGCGAUCUACCAUUUUUGUUCCCGUACAUAGACGACAUCUUGGUAGCAUCGGAAGACGCAGAGCAACAUCGCGAACACCUGAGGAUCCUCUUCCAACGACUCUAG